UCGCGCCUGAAAAACACAACUACAAAACUCUGUCCGCCUCCCUCUAUUGUUCUUCAUUUCCUCAAAGCAGCCAGAGAGUCUUUUGGAGAAGAGAGAGAGAGAGAGAGAGAAUGGCGAAAUCGGUGACCGCAGAUGCGAUCUCGACCAUACUGGCGAACCCGUCGCCGGAAUCUUUUUCGGAUGUCCCGGAGAUCGUCGUCCAAGUCGUCGAUCUCAAGGCCACCGGCACCGCCGGUAACCGUAUUAUGUUUUCAGCCAGUGAUGGAAAGAGGAAGCUAAGAGCAAUUCUCCCAGCAAGUAUGAGUUCUGAGGUGAUGUCAGGAAAGAUUCAGAACCUAGGUCUCAUUCGGAUUCUUGAUUAUACUCUCAAUGACAUUCCUAACAAGCCUGACAAAUAUCUAAUCGUCACAAAGUGCGAGGUGGUUUCUCCUGCGCUUGAAUCUGAGAUCAUAUCCGAGGUAAAGAGUGAGGGAACAACUGGCAUUAUAUUGAAACCAAAGCAAGAAACUGAGAGCAAGAGCGAGGUGAAAAGUCAAGCAACUGGCAUUGUUUUGAAGCCGAAGCAGGAGAUAGUUGCCAAAUCAGCUGCUCAGAUCGUACAUGAACAGCGUGAAAACAUGGCCCCAGCUGCACGGAUGUCCAUGACGCGAAGAGUUUUUCCUCUGGUUUCCUUGAACCCUUAUCAAGGCAAUUGGACCAUAAAGGUUCGUGUCACAAGCAAAGGAAACAUGCGCACCUAUAAGAACGCUAGAGGAGAAGGCUGCGUCUUCAACAUAGAGUUAACAGAUGAAGAUGGCACCCAAAUACAAGCAACAAUGUUCAAUGAAGCUGCAAAGAAAUUCUUUGACAGAUUUCAACUGGGGAAGGUUUAUUACAUUUCAAAGGGAAGCCUGAAACUUGCUAACAAGCAGUUUAAGACAGUGAAAAAUGACUAUGAAAUGACCCUGAACGAGAAUUCUGUGGUAGAAGAGGCCGGCAAUGAAGAGAUCUUUGUUCCCGAAACAAAAUUCAAUUUCGUCCAGAUUGAUGAAUUGGGUCCUUAUGUCAACGCGAAGGAGCUUGUGGACAUCAUUGGAGUAGUUCAAAAUGUGUCUCCUACAAUGAGCAUCCGGAGGAAGAGCGACAAUGAGAGUAUCCCAAAGCGUGAUAUUAUUAUUGCUGAUGAGACGAAAAAGACAGUCGUGGUCUCCUUGUGGAACGAGCUGGCAACAAACAUGGGGCAGGAGUUGUUGGAUACUGCAAGCAGUUCUCCUAUAGUUGCAAUUAAAUCUCUUAAAGUUGGGGACUUCCAAGGUAUAUCUUUGUCAACAAUAAGCAGAAGCACAGUAGUAGUAAAUCCUGAUAUACCUGAAGCAAAGAAGUUGAGAUCUUGGUAUGAUGCCGAGGGUAAAGACAGUUCAAUGGCUUCUGUCAGUGCCGGCAUGAGCCCAUCAACGAAGAGUGGUUCAAGAUCAAUGUACUCUGACCGAGUUUCUCUUUCUCACAUAACCAAAAACCCAUCCUUGGGUGAUGGCAAGCCUGUAUUUUUCAGCAUUAGAGGAUAUAUCAGCUUCAUCAAACCUGAUCAGACAAUGUGGUACCGUGCUUGCAAAACUUGCAACAAAAAAGUGACAGAGGCUUUGGGGUCUGGGUAUUGGUGUGAAGGGUGCCAGAAAAAUGAAGAUGAGUGCAAUUUAAGGUAUAUAAUGGUAGUCAGAGUUUCUGAUGCAAGCGAUGAAGGGUAUUUAUCUGCCUUUAAUGAGGAAGCUGAGAAAAUUGUUGGGUGCUCUGCUGAUGAGCUUGAUAAGUUGAAAUCACAGAUUGGAGAAGAGAAUUCAUUCCAAACAAAACUGAAAGAAGCUACAUGGAAUCCUCAUCUCUUCCGGAUUAGCGUUGCACAGACUGAGUACAAUAGCGAGAAAAGGCAAAGGAUCACAGUCAGGGCUGUUGCCCCAGUUGAUUUUGCUGCUGAAUCAAGAUUUUUGCUGGAAGAGAUAUCAAAGAUGAGAGUUUCUAAAUAGGAUGAUUUGAUCUAUUUACAAUUUCUAUGAUGUUUGUCUAGACAACCCUCCUUAAUAUCAGUUUCCUUGCUUGGAUGCUGAUAAGACUAAUCUUUUUGCUGGCAAAACUGUUGGAUGCCACACUUGCUUGUAAUAUAUGUCCUUUUCAGGUGAUUAAUAGAGGUGGUUUAGUUGUA